AUGGGCUACUGGAUUGCUGCUUUUUUGGUCUGUCUUAAAGUGUGUAAUUCUAAGCAAGUGGAGCUCAAUGCCUUCCAUCAUGGCCUAAGAAUGGCAUGGGAUUUGGGGUUUCGCAGACUUCUUGUUGAGCUUGAUUCUCGGACUAUUCUUGAUUUGGUUUCAAAGAUGGAGGAUAUGCCUAAGCUGCGUUUUAUCAAUUUGGUCUCUCAAUAUAGGGAGUUGAUAAAUCGAUCCUGGCAAGUGCAGUUGGUUCAUUGUUAUCGUGAAGCCAAUAAGAUGACUGACGGUCUAGCUAAUUUUGCUGUUACUGCUCCUAUGGGGUUGCAUUUGCUGCUAUCUUUGCAUUUGCUGCUAUCUCCUCCUGGGAAAGUGGUCAAUCUUAUCAGUUAG